AUGGCAGCAGCUGAUUUCCUCGUUGUCAUAUCUGAUGUGAUGCUGAGGUGGCUUAUAAUGUAUUUCCCAGUGUCAUUUCUGGAUAUUACUUAUGUUUGUGGUUUAGUUACAGUGCUUAUUCCUGCAACCACAAUGAAUUCCGUCUGGUUGACUGUUGCUUUCACCUUUGAUCGAUUUGUGGCAAUUUGCUGCCAGAAGCUUAAAACGAAACACUGCACUGAGAAAACUGCAACCAGAAUUAUUGCAAUAGUGAGUGUGCUGAGCUAUUUGGAAAGCAUUCCCUGGUUUUUCAAAUUCCAACCCAAAUAUAUCUUCAAUAACCUGCCAUGGUUUUGCAUCACAAAACCAGAAUAUUACACUUCAAACUACUGGACAUUAUAUGGUAUAUUCCAUCGCCUUCUAUCCCCUACACUGCCAUGUGUUUUUAUUCUUGUUUUGAAUACUCUGACUGUCAGACAUGUUUUAGUAGCAAGCAAAGCCCGCAAGAGACUCCAGAAGGACAGUGACAGGGAGAAGCCUAAUGACCCAGAGAUGGAAAAACGCAGAAAAUCCAUCAUUUUACUCUUUGCAAUCUCAGGUAGCUUCAUUAUUUUAUGGUCCCCUUACAUGGCAUGUUUCCUUUAUCAACGAAUUGCAAUACUGCAUGAUUAUCCUCCACUUUCUCCAGCUGCAGGUACCAUCGCAUACCUGCUCCAGCUCCUCAGUACAUGUACAAACACUUGCAUAUACACAGUGACCCAGAGGCAAUUCCGAGAGCAGCUGAAAACAGUUGUGAAGCUCCCAUUCACUCUGAUUCUCAGAUUCCUCAAGCAGUAA